CCUGCCAAGACGGGACGCUGUCAUCGGUGCGAAAAUGCCUCAUGAUUGUAAAAAUAGCAACAGAAGAGGCGUGAGAACCAAGAGCCCCGAGAAGCCUGCCAGCGACGAGCAGGGCGUCCCCGUGGCCCCCGGGGAUGUCAGGGAGGCCCAUGGAGGCCGCUGGGCGGAGGGCACGCUCCCGGGCCACCAGUGGCACGUUGCCUGCCCUGAGGCCUCGGACAGACCCUCGCCCCUGCUCGUAGGUGUGCGGAGGCAGCUUGGUAGCCGGGCGGGCCGCCUCCCCUCUCUGGGCUUCCCGCCCCUCAGUGUUAGCCCCGAGCGGAUGCUGCAGCCGCACGGCGGCUCCGUCCCAGGCGCCUCCCGGCCUCCUUACACCUUCGGUUCCUUUGCUGUGGGCCUGGCCGCCUGUGCUCUCGAGCUGGCAGGUGUCAGCGAGAACGACUUCUACGACGGGGCGUGGUGCGCGGGCAGGAACGACCUCCACCAGUGGAUCGAGGUGGACGCGCGGCGGCUGACCCGGUUCACGGCCGUCAUCACGCAGGGGAGGAACUCGCUGUGGCUGAGCGACUGGGUGACCUCCUACAAGGUCAUGGUGAGCAACGACAGCCACGCGUGGGUCACAGUGAGGAACGGGUCCGGGGACGUGGUGUUUGAGGGGAACAGUGAGAAGGAGGUCCCCGUCCUCAACGAGCUGCCGGUGCCCAUGGUGGCCCGCUACCUCCGCGUCAACCCGCAGUCCUGGUUCCAGGACGGGAGCAUCUGCCUGCGGCUGGAGGUCCUCGGCUGCCCGCUGCCUGACCCAAACAACUAUUACCACCGGCGCAACGAGAUGACCACCACGGAUGACCUGGACUUCAGGCACCACAGCUACAAGGAGAUGCGCCAGGUGAGAGCCGGGGGGUCAGCGCGAGAGGGACGCGCCCGGGAAGAAGCACAUGGGUUCUCCCUUCGGAGACCUGCUGACGUGCCUGUGUCCCCACCUGGUCCAGGGGAGCCCGAGUUCCACUACAUGGCGGGCGCCCACGGCAACGAGGUGCUGGGCCGCGAGCUGCUGCUGCUGCUGGUGCAGUUCCUGUGCCAGGAGUACCUGGCGGGCAACGCGCGCAUCGUCCGCCUGGUGGAGGAGACCCGCAUCCACAUCGUGCCCUCCCUCAACCCCGACGGCUACGAGAAGGCCUCCGAGGGGGGCUCGGAGCUGGGGGGCUGGUCCCUGGGGCGCUGGACCCACGACGGGAUUGACAUCAACAACAACUUCCCCGACUUAAACUCGCCGCUCUGGGAGGCCGAGGCCCGGCAGAGCAGCCCGAGGCCCGUGCCCAACCACCACAUCCCCGUCCCCGAGUGGUUCCUGUCGGAGAACGCCACGGUGGCGGCGGAGACCAGGGCUGUCAUCGCCUGGAUGGAGAAGGUCCCCUUCGUGCUGGGCGGCAACCUGCAGGGCGGCGAGCUGGUGGUGGCCUACCCCUACGACAUGGCCCGGUCCCCCUGGAAGACGCAGGAGCGCACGCCCACGCCCGACGACCACGUGUUCCGCUGGCACACCGUGGCCGGAAGUCUCAACGACUUCAGCUACCUCCACACGAACUGCUUCGAGCUGUCCAUCUACGUGGGCUGCGACAAGUUCCCGCACGAGAGCGAGCUGCCCGAGGAGUGGGAGAACAACCGGGAGUCCCUGAUCGUGUUCAUGGAGCAGGUGCACCGCGGCAUCAAAGGCCUGGUGACGGAUUCCCACGGAAAAGGCAUCCCGGACGCCAUCAUCUCCGUCGAAGGCAUCAACCAUGACGUCCGAACAGCCAGCGAUGGCGAUUACUGGCGCCUCCUGAACCCCGGCGAGUACGUGGUCACGGCCAAGGCAGACGGCUUCAGCGCGUCCACCAAGAACUGCAUGGUCGGCUAUGACAUGGGCGCCACGCGGUGCGACUUCACGCUCAGCAGAACCAACCUGGCCCGGAUCCGGGAGAUCAUGGAGACGUUCCGGCGGCGGCCCGGCAGCCUGCGUGCCCGGCAGCCCAGGCUCCGGGGGCGCAAGAGGCGGCAGCGCGGGUGACCUCCCGGCACUGAGCCGAGGCCCAGACCCCGCUGAGGACACCCCGGGGCCGUGGCUCCGUAGAGGACCCGCUGCCUGUAGGCUCUGUCGCUCCCGGAGGCUGGGAGGACGCACGCGUGCCCAGCAAGCCUGGUCCCCAGGGCAGGCCCGCGGCUCGGGGUCUCCUUUCCUUCGUUCCCACGUAUCCAAAUAGCUUGGAAAGCGCAGCGGAGAAAGGCUGGCGGGGUGUGGGCUCGGCCAGCCAAGCAGGAUCAGGGAGUGAGGGGCUAGCCUGCCCGGGGCUCCUGGCUGCUCGGUGGGAGCCCAGCGCUUCCCCUGCUUGCGUGACAGGAGCCCCUGCGUGUGUGCCAUGUGCCCGGCUGAAACCGCUGGCCCCGGGGCCCUGCUGUCCCAGGUGUCACCCUUCCUGUGGCUGGAGGCCUCUGCGUCAGUUUUGCUUCUCUCUCAUCAGCGGGAGAAAGGCUGGAAUAAUUCCAGGGGAAGCCUGGGCAGCAGGCGUGCCCGGGGGCUGGUUGCAUGCAGACGGGGCUUACAGAGAACCCCCAAGUUUCCCCCUGGUCCGGCAGCCCGAGGGGCUCCCUGCUGGUGACAGGAGGAGGUGCUUCCCACGAAACCACAUCUCCUCCGGCUCCUCUGUGAGCCGCUGGGACUUGGAAAGAGAUGCCGGGCUGACCUGCGACCUCCCUCUGCCCCAGACCCCCUCCUCCGUGGAGGCGCGCUCCUAACCUGCCCCACACGCAGGGGUUCGCUGUGGACACUCGCUCAGGAUUGUCCGCGGAGCCUCGUUCAGGAGGGUAUUGGAAUGACCACGUGAGAAAUCGCGUCUCGUUAUUACUGUUGCUGCCUUGCUGACCCAGGGGAGUGAGGAAAUAAAGAAAGCAAACGGG